AGGGAUUAAAAUGACAGAUUACAAUGCUGGGAAUAAGUAUGUAAACUCUGCUGUUUUAAUUUCCUCUACAUUUUUCAAAUGAUCGAACCUCAUGUUUCAGUCUUUGGGCUUAAACAAGGAUGUUUUCUCAUUAUAUCCCUUUAAGGUGAAUCUGCGUAUCAAAUUAAAAAAUCCCUGUGACGCAAUUACAUUAUAAAGUAAAGGCUGCCCUGUUUCGUUAUUAUUAUUUUUUGGUCCCACCAGCAGCCCGUAAAAAAAUAAUAAAAAUGUUGGACAGAGACUGUGGUGUGAAAGGAAAGGGGGCCCUAACACCUGGACCCUAUACCAACCCCUCUCAAACCAAGUACUUUCCCAUGAAAAAGAAAUCAUCAGAAUACACACACAUAUAUUGCAAAUUUCAUUCACCAACAAUACUUUCCCCCCCACCAGACCAAAGUGGGGGUGUCUCCAUGUGAUCUUCUUUUCUGAACUUUUUCAGCUUAAGUUCUUUGAGUUGCGUCCUCUUCACAUGACUGUGUGCAUUCAAAACAUAAAGUGUUGAACACUUUUUUUUUUUUUACAUGAACACUCUCUUAUUCUCUUUUAAUAAUCCUGAGGACCAAAAUGUUGUUUUUACACAAAACAAAACCAAACAAAAACAAGAUAUGUUGACGUUAGAAUGCUUAGUCAAGUCAACUGAGCUGAACUUAAGUAGAUUGACCUGUUUUCUUGUGAGUGCCCUUAAAUGCAUCACACUGGGGGAUUUGGAGGUUUAUAAAUAAAACUAACUAUCCUCGCUGAAAAUCUGUGGAUCUGUUACUGUUAUAUCCAAUGUCUUUGCGUCUAGAAAUACAUUUCCAUUUCAUUCCGCACAUUUCUGUGAAACGCUCCGCCCCAACUUGUCCGCUUUUUCACCCUGGUUUUGAAUGUUUUUUUUUUCCCUCCCAGUCAGGACUGGACAUUAGAACUUGUGGAGAAAGUUCACCAUGGAGUUGUUUUUCACUUCUACCAUUUUAGCAGGCGCUUUCAUCAUCAUCCCCUUCGCGCUGAAAACCCUUUUCCCCUAUUUCUGGAUGGAUCUCCGAUACGCCGGAGUUCUGGUGCGGAUUUUAGUCCGCUACGUAGCGAACCGAAGAAGGAGACCACCGUCCUUCGCGUUGGAGCGCUUCUUGGAGCAAGCUGCCGCGCUGUCAGACAAGCCCUUCGUCGCGUUUGGAGACGAGACGUACACGUACGCGGACGCGGACAGGGAGAGCAACAAGAUCGCCAACGCGCUCCGGUCUCAGCCCGGGUACGAAGCUGGGGUCACCGCCGCACUCUUCAUGGGAAACGAGCCCAGGUUUUUGUUUACUUGGCUGGCUCUGGCUAAACUUGGCUCUCCCGUCGCUCUCCUGAACUACAACAUCCGGAGCAAGUCUCUGCUGCACUGCUUCAACUGCUGCAAGGCCAAGGUGCUGGUUGCAGCUGCAGAGCUGAAAGAGGCAGUGGAGGAUGUGCUGCCCUCACUGAUGGAGCAGGGUGUCACGGUCCUCCUCUUGGUCAAAUCUUGCGACACUCCAGGAAUCGUGAGCUUCUCUGAUAAAGUGGAAGAAGCCGCGGACACACCGCUACCUCGAUCCAUCAGAUCACACGUCACAUUCAAAAGUCCUGCCGUCUAUAUUUACACCUCUGGCACUACUGGUCUUCCUAAGGCAGCUUUGGUCGAUCAGAAUCGCCUCCUAUCAGCUCUGGUUGUUAUAUCUGCAUACGGUGUAAAAUCCAAGGAUGUCAUGUACGUCAACCUGCCGCUGUACCACACAGCAGGGUUUCUCGUUGGAUUUCUUGGCUGCAUGGAAACAGGGUCAACUCUAGUUCUGAAAAGAAAGUUUUCUGCCUCUCAGUUCUGGGACGACUGCAGGAAAUACAAUGUGACUGUCAUUCAGUAUAUCGGAGAAGUGAUGCGCUACCUCUGCUGCACACCAAAGAGAGACACUGACAAAUCCCAUAAAGUAAGACUGGCCAUUGGCAACGGUGUCCGAGCAGAAGUCUGGAAAGAGUUCCUGAGUCGCUUUGGAAACAUCCAGAUUUCUGAGUUUUAUGCCUCCACAGAGGGAAAUAUAGGAUUCCUCAACUACACAGGGAAAAUAGGAGCAGUUGGACGAGUUCACUUUUUGCACAAGAGAUUGUUUCCCUACACACUUGUGAAGUACGACACAGAGCGCGAUGAACCGCUGCGAGAUGCUAACGGUCUCUGCAUUGAGACCUCGAAAGGUAAGACGGGACUGCUGGUGUCGAAGAUUACAGACGUCACACCUUUUGUCGGAUACGCUGAAAACGAAGAGCAGACGGAGAGGAAAAAGCUGCGCAAUGUCCUCAAAAAAGGAGACCUUUACUUCAACACCGGCGACCUAAUGAGGAUCGAUAACGACAAUUUCAUUUACUUUCAGGAUCGUGUCGGGGACACCUUCAGGUGGAAAGGUGAGAACGUUGCGACAACUGAGGUCUCCGACAUCCUUUCGAUGAGUGACUGUCUGCAAGAGGCCAAUGUCUAUGGAGUCCAAGUGCCAGGGCACGAGGGGCGCGCGGGGAUGUCAGCUGCCACUCUGAAGAAUGGUGCACGGUUUGAUGGAAGUAAACUUUAUGACCACGUUGUUAGCUACCUGCCCUCAUAUGCACGACCCCGCUUUAUAAGGCUGCAGAGUUCAGUGGAAGUCACAACUACAUUUAAGCAGAUGAAAGCGAAGCUAGUGAAUCAGGGGUUUGAUCCGGAGAACAUCCAGGAGCCUCUUUACAUCCUCGACGACAGAGCGCAAAGCUACGUACCGCUGACGGCCGAGAUCUACCGCUCCAUCCUGUCAGGAAGCAUGAAGCUGUAAUGAGCUCCACUGGCCGUGCGAGAGGCUUUCAUAGCGUUUGAUUUAUUUUUACAUUUUUUUUAACCAAUGAUUUCCAGCUCAGGGAGACAAAUGUCAGUAUCCUCAUGUUCCUUUUUUUUAAACAUACACAAUAAUCAGUGUAGUAUUCCGAUAAGCACAAUCACAAGGUAAUCAUAAAACUACAUUGUUGUAAAUAGCAUAAUAACUGCUCACCAUGCUGUAUUAACUGCUUGGAUUUUUAUUUUUUUUUUAACUCAGUGUCACAUUUGUGUUUAGAUUUAUCUUUUCAGAGGUGGAAUGUGGUGAAUCUUGUUACAGCUAAAACACAGCAUGGAUAAUAUUUCAUAAUUUCUUAAAAAAUGGGACCUUUUGUCAUAAGCAUUACUUUUAUACACCUUUAGGGCUCAGUUGAAGUAAUAAUCUGUAAGCUAUAAAUUGAUGUUAUCGACCAAUGUCUGUGAAAAUAAGCAAAACUGCCUAAACUUAAAGUUACUGUUACAGUAAAUUGUGCAGGUUUUCAGUAUUUUUGCCCAUCAGAGGCCCGAUGUUACGAAUCCAGAUGUCAAAAGUGUCGGGCGAGAAGGAGAACACAAGGUGGCGCCAUGCUCUGACCUUUCUCUUACUGCUGACAUUUUUUUAUGGUGAAAGAGACCAAGGAAUAUUUUAAAAGCGUUUAGUUGACUGACAAUAAAGGUACAACUGCUAACAAAAAAUAAAUCUAAUCAAACCUUUAUUAUUUGAUUUGAACUUCUGAAAAUAUUGCUUCACAACCAGAGAGUGAAAAUAUCAUGAUAUGUUUAAAGAAUGUUAUGUUUGUUUUUUUUAAAUAUAUAUAUAUAUUUACUUGGACUUUUAAUUUAAACAGCAAUAAUGAAGAUAUUUUGGUUAGCAAUUUGUAUCACUUCCUACUUUUAAAUCAUGCACGUUAUUAAUAUGAUGUGCAUUGCAAAAACAGUAUUUUUGGUAUGUGUACAAAUUUAGACAAGAUCUAAUUAACAUAUUUAAAUGCUUUUCAAAGAAAUAGUGGAAGAGUUUUGCAUAUUUAUCUCUGCAGUGACUGUAAUGUUGUUAUAAAGAGUCUAAGGGA